AUGUCGACCCUCGCACAAUGCACCGAGGUGCAAGAGACGGAGCUUGACUCCUCGGAUCCGAUGAUUCGAUUUGAAAUAUCCACGAGAGCAGAAGAUGAAACCGAGGGUACUCUGCAGCUCGAGCUUUUGAGUCGUGUCGAAGACAUUCUUAAGAAGAUAACAAACAUCCUUUCUCAGGACUUUGACAGAUUGCCGUCGCAAGUACAGGAAUUGGGCGCUUUGGCAAGGCCUGGUGACUUCUUACAACGGUUGAAUCUCAUCGUCAAAGAUGGUGGUAUGGACGACUUUUUACGAAACCAUCCUCGCUGUCGUCGACUAUUCUCACAACUAUUUGGCUGCCGAUAUUCAUACCUCGAGGACCAAGAUUCAGGAAACUCUGACAUUGGCAAUGAAGGCACUGGCCAAACAACACCAUCUGAGACUGCAGUAGCUUCAGAGAGAGAAGCUCUUUUGACGGCUUCACCAAAUCUGGCAUCAAAAGAGGCAUUAUCCGAGUGCAUAGAUGCUUUCAACGCUUUUGAUCCGCUAUACAGUGAUUUAAUCGGCAGUAUAAUCGCCGCGUGGCCAUUUUCACAGCAGGAGCUCGAAGUUGCGGAGAGAAUGUACCAACACAUGGACACGAUCCUAAGUAUGGAGGGCAGAAAGCUCAAUCAAGGGGCAUCAAACAUGACACUGCAACCCAAGGUGCCCUUCGCUGAAUGUCUCGCCAACAUAGCGGACAUCUCAAAAGAAUAUCAAGAGAACUUUCAGAAGAAGAUAUUUGGUCAACUUCCUGCCAAAUCCGGGAUCGAGCUGGAGUUGACUUUUGGGUCACCCAACCCAGAAGAAAACGCAGAUGGAGAUGGAGAUAUUGGAGACAGUGUCAGCCUCGAAGGCGAGAUCAUGGAGGACACGAUACAACGACCUGGAAUUCCCCCAACGUCCAGCGAUUUGCAGCUACAGCCUUACAAGGGAUGGUAUAUUGAGGGGCCCAGGAUCAAACUGGUUCAAGCCAAAAACUUUCUUGCCGACGGAGAUAUCGAUCACACGGUGGACUGGCCACACAGAUUUGCAGAGCUGACGGAGUACUUUGCUUACCUGCACCCUAAUUGGAAAGUCGAAGACUGGAUUCACGAUCUCAAAGAAGCUGUCGACAUGCAGCAAGUUCACUGGAUAUUCGAAAACUACCUUUACGGAACACCGGAGCUCCUCGUCGACCCUCCAACAGACUUUUGGCCAAAACAGAGCACGAGACUGCCUCCAAUUCCAGGCUCCAACAUUGCGUUUCGCGCUGUGCAGCGUGGUUUGUCGGGCCCUCGACGGCUCCUUCACGUUGAUGUGGCGAGCGUGCAUGAUGGACAGUAUGAGAUGCCGGCCGAUGUCCUGAGAAGAGACUAUCUCGAACCAUAUCGGAACGACAGCGAAAAGUUCUGGGCGGCUGGACCGUUUGCUGACACCACAGAGCCGGCAAACCUUGCAGUCUGCGAGAAUAAAACGUACGAAGAUUGUACGAAGGGCGGCAUCGUGAAGACGGCACAAGUGCUGUCCAGCAAAGACGACUUUCUUCCUCCGCAUCAGAGUCACGGCAGCGCUUUGCAAGUUGAGAGGAAGGCUCUGGAAGCAUUUGCGCAGUUUCGCGGCGGCAAGCGAGCAGCGCUGCAGCAGUGUCUCAACAUCUUCACCCAUGGUGAGAAUCGAAAAAUGUGCACCUCUUCGCGGGUUCUCAUUCUUCCAGACCCUCCCGUCGAGAAGAAGCCGGACAUGGGAAUCAUCUACGCUCACAAGAUGCUGAAAAAUCCUCCCGAGAAGGAGUCGCGUGAUCCAUGGGCUUAUACCAGAGUCUUUCAGUGGUUCAAAAAGGAAGAGCUGCGCUGGGCACAAUGGACGAAAGAGCACGCCAUCAAGGAAUCAUAUGGCCAUAAGAGAUAUCUACACAGCGACAAACCCAUCAUGGAGCUCCCCCGAAACUGGAAGGGCCCUGUGGCACCAGAUCUGAUGGAUCGCGAAAUGAGCAGGACGUAUAAGUUCCUGCGGCGUUGCCAGAAGAUUCUCCAAGGUCUCAAACGAGCGAAGAAUCGAGAUCCUCGAGACUUCAUCAAAGGGCUUUUGGAGGCUGUGAAUGCCGGCCUGGCGGCGAAAUCAGUAACGAGGGAGAUGAAUAUGAGAUUCAGUGAGCAUGAAUAUGAAUCAACUGACGGGGUCACUUUCGCUAUUGCCAAUUUACGGCCAACGGAGGCGGCAUGGCUAGAGUACAUCUGCCAGCCUUCGCGGAAUCGCCCACUGGAGCUGCAGGAAGCUCUCGGAAAGCGAGGAGAGAUUAUGGUGUCCAGAGUGACGCAGAUGAUGCAGGACAUUAAUCCACUCUCGCUAUUCAGGGACUCGGGGCCUAAGAAGAUGGAGAAGUUCCUGAAGGGGCUGAAUAUCACAUGUGGUGGGGAGGUGAAGAGAUAUGAGUUUACGGAGAAGGAUGUGAAGCAGCUGGCACCAAAGCUGCGCGACUUGAGGAUCCUAAAGCUUUACAAGAAAGAAGUGACCGGAGAGUGGAUGUUUGGGAGGCCAGAGACAGAGUUUCAUCCUGAAGACUUGGUUAGGUGGCUUGAUUCUGAGCCGCAGACGCCGGACACCUCAGAAGAAGAGCCACUUGCUUGCAGCACCUCGCAGACCAGCCCUCAAAGCGAGAACAUGGACCAGAUCCAAGACGACACAAGGGCGACCCCGACUGAGGGAACGGGAUACACACCGACUGAUGAUUUCGACGCCCAUCCCUGGGGCAUGCCUCGAAGAGAAGACGUUCUGUCUCUCCACGAAUUCAUAGAGAACCCAGUGAGAAACCCCGAAUGGUACGAGAAGACGACCAAUUUCUUCCUCUGUCUGGGUUACCGCCUCGGAAAGACGCUCAGGCAACUGCAAGCCCAACACGAGGAAAAUGAGGAAAAGCUGAGCGACCCUGAGACACAAGAAUACAAUCGCAAUUUUCUUAACACCAUCAUCUCUUACUGGGAAGAAGACACAAAGAAACGUCCCAACGAUGUGGCUACGAAUUGUGCUAAAGAAGGCUCCUGGCGCAUCACCAUGACAUACCCCGACGUGGUCAAGAUUGCCGACCCGGACGCGUGCAAAGAGCACAGAGAGGCCUGGACACGGGAUAGGUGGCCUGAAAGCAAAGAGGCCUACGAACUGGUUCGCAGGAAUCUUUUGAGUGAGGCACAUGAGAACAAGACGAUGUUGUGGCCGCUGCAUCUGCCGUACAACAGCUACGCCACGAGAUACAAAGUCGUAGAUCCAACGAUUUGGCGGGAGCGGCUCUCGAAGAAGACGGCAGAGAUAUUGGACGACAACAAUCUCGAUAUCGAAACCAAAGAAUCUCGUGUUCGGGCUCUCAAGGCCCAGCUCCAGAAGGAGGAAGCCGAGGAAGAAAAGAAGCAAGACGCCCUAGCCGCUCAAAAGCAGAAUCUAAAGACGAUGCGACGCGAGCCCGUCUGGACGUUUGGCCAUCCCUCGAGAAAGAAGCUCGUUCAUAUGUUUUGGGACGUUAAUAACUGGCCGGUACACUGGCAGUCUGAGAGCAGACAAAGAGUCAUUAGGUCCAGGGGUCCGGCAAGACGAAAGGCUUCAGAGGAUGAGGCCGCGGCCGGCAUUGGGGAAGGUUUGGCUGCUUUCGCCGAAGAGUUGGAGGAAGCUGCCGAAAUACCAUUUUGGAAACGGGCGGAGCAGAGGCGCAAGUUUGUGCCUGGGAGAGAAGAGUUUUGGAUGGGAGACACGCCGUUGCAACGGAAGGAGUUUGAAGAGAGAAUGAAGAAGAGACUCGCGCCACGGCCAAGAAAGCGCACUUGGGGAGAUGUUUUCAAAGAAGCCUUGCUUGGCUCUUCUACCGCUGCCAAUGAGCCCGCUGCUGCUUCUGACGAAGGGUUCGGAUUGCCGUCUGUGCCACGACACUUGAUUCCUCGGAGUCGACCGGCUAAAAGACGACGCAUCGUGGGACCGCAACGAGAAGAUCGAGGACGUGAUAUAUUCGCCAUAUCGAGAGGCGAGAAAGAAACUCGUGCAGAGCCUAAUAUCGUGACGAUGGAAUCUUGGACUUCGUCCCUGGAAGCGGGUCAGGUUACGUUUUAUAUUCCUGAGACGAGGAUGCAGGGCGAAGGACGCUUGGAAGAUGUGAUGGAGAUGGAGCCCAUGGUUGAGUAUGUAAAACCGGUUAAGGGACGGUGA